AUGGAAUUAGAUGGUGCAGCCUCCGGGGGGAGCCCGUUAUACCUUCAGUCGGAUCGAAAUGUAACUCUCAAUAUUCUCAACCAGGAUAUGAAGCCGGUCACGCAGCUGGUCACAGCGGCGGAGGGUAUUCAGGCCCGAGGGAACAGUCUGGAGGUGAUGUCAAAUGCAGGGAAGCUCCUUUUCUCAGCAAACGAGAAGGAAGUGGUGGUUGGAGCGGAUAGAUUGCGAGUUUUAGGUGCGGAAGGAGCGGUGUUCCCAGCAUCCCUUGAGACGCCCCAUGUCAAGGCAGAACCAUUCCACCAUCUACGGCUGGAAUCGCCAACAAGGACCUUGAUAAUGGAGGCACCAAAAGGCAUUGAGAUAAAUGCAGAAGCUGGCAGUUUGGAGGCAUCUUGUAGAACAGAUCUACGCCUAGACUCUACAGACGGAGAGAUCCAGUUGAAAGCAGCUAACGUUAAACUUCCACAGCUGCCGCGGGGCUCGUACUCUGCAUCUGUUCCCCGUCAGAACGUAUUUGAGAUCUGUGUGUGCGCCAGCGGCAAAUUGUUCCUGUCGCAGGCGGGCAGCGAAUCCACCUGUCAGACAAAUAACAAUAUCUGUCUGUGAGAGACUGGCUCGCCAAACUCCAAAGACCAGGAGUCCAACUGUAACCAGACACAGGAAGCCUCAGAAACAAUGUGUGUGUGUGUGCGUGUGAAUAUAUACAAAUAUAUAUAGCUAUAUAUAUCUGUAAAUCUAUUAAUCUCCCAUGGAAGAGAUGUUUCAGUGCCAGGAGCUCAGGGUGACCCUCAGCUGUCUUCCCUUAUGCAUAUACAGUGUUCCAUUUUCCUACUAAGACUCAGAGGUUAUAUAAAACCCAAAGAAACAUGUCCUCAUUUGUCAUAGAAUUAGGCCUGAACUUAAGUCUCAAACAAAAUCCUUCUAGUCUAAUAACUUCUUUCCCCCUCUUGAACCAUAAUAUUGGAGUUUCCUAGUCUAUGGAACAUAUGUGACAGAGCCACUAUCAUUGCACAGUUACACUUUGCUAUAGUAUGGUAUGUUCGGGAUCCCGCCUGUCGGUGUUCCGACAGGUGCCGGGAUUCCGGCUCCGCUUUUCUGAUUGGUGGGAUCCUGAGCGCCGGGAUCCCAACUACAUCCCGUGUGAACCUUGUGUGGCUGAUCCCCGAUCUAAUCCUAGCCAAACUGGAAUGUGAUUGGAAUUUGGCAGACAUUGACAUUGUGCAGAGAAAAGGAUAUAGGUCUUGGUUUGUUUCUUCAAUGAAGCAACAACAGGUCUCAGUUAUUACAAAAUACUCACUUUCUAGAAUGUCAAAAAUAUAUUUUUACGACUAGCAACAGGAGUUUCCAUGUUUUUAAUGCUGGCAUAUGGGCCGGAUGAGUUGGGGAUCUGGAAUCUACAAACAUUUUUAUCUGACCGUUGUAUUAGUUUGACUGGUCAAACUAUCCAAUGAUUUAUUUAAUAAUGGAUUUAUUUUUAGUAGUUAGGGUCCUGCCUUGCUGGGAUUGCGCCCAAGUCAGCAGCAGGACGCGGGGUAUGUUUUUGUAACAGUAAUCUGCAGUAUUUGUAGCCCGGUCCGUACAUCUAUUUCUCCAGGCUCCUGUGUUGAUUGCUAGCAAAACCACUAAGACUCCUACAGUAUGUCAGAAUUAUUUUUAUAAUAGAAAUAAUCACAUUAUUGUAUGAUAUUUUCACUGGCUGCUGUACAAUACAACCACUGUAUAUAUAUAUAUUUUUUUUUUUCCAUUAGCGGUCACAGUAUGUCGGCUAAGUAUUCUUACACUGUGCCACUUGAACAAUACAGAAGAAUUAGACUCAGCUUAGCUAAUGAAAUGCAGAAAAGACUACCACAUUUUUAUUUUCUGGUGGCCAAGGACAUUUUCUAUUUCAUCAUCUUUUAUUUUGAAUUGAAUAAUGUGUGAGAGAAUGACCUACUGAGACGUAACCAACGACAGCAGUUUUGGGAGAGACACUGGAGCGACAUAUUCCAACGCUAUUCAGCUGUACAGGACAGUUCUAACAGUGGCUUUGUGACAGACUAUAUUGUUCUCAUUGUGUGCCAUUGAUUCCCAUUGAUCUUGGGUUGUCUCUCUUAUCUCCCGAGCACCAUAUUGUGUUUUUAAUCUCUGGUAGGCUUGUUCUGAACACAAGGUGAGCUGGGUUUUUUGUAUCCUGUUUUGGUGCUUUUAUAUGUAGCACUCCAUAUCUCCCUGUAAUAAACUCUACCAUUCUUUCAUAAUGCAUAAGGUCACCCGGAGCAGCAUAACUAGGGUGGACACUGGACUGAACCAUCUCUGAUCAAAGAGGGGGAAAUGUGCCUAUGCCUUAAGACAAUGCACUCUGCAAGGAAAAGCACAGAGGGGAAGUUUCUAAUUUAACUGUUUGCUGUCUAUAUUUUGUUCACUUUUUGUUGGGGUUGGGGGGUGUAUGUGCAGUAUAUGGUGAUGACUGAGUGAUGUGCGAUUGGCGUGAUUUCUUAUGACAAGAAGCUAUUUUGUACAACCCAAUAACGUUACAGGUUACUAGUUCAGUAUGCUGCUACAGACUCAUUACCUGGCUACAGGGGCACUUACAGGAUGCCUCAUGUCAUGUGAUCUGAUAUUGGAACAUAGUUAAAGUCAUAUGACCAGUCAUUUGUAUACGUUUUACCCAUCCUGCGCUGUUUGCCCACUAUAGAUGUAAUCGCCAUACAUUAGAGCGAACAGUAACAGUCCAGGGUUUAAGGAUAUAUUAUGUGGCUGAGCAAGGAUGGUUAAAUCAAAAUAACUGAUAUACUAAUUAAGUCACCUGCAGCAGAGUCUACAGUACAUAACACCUUCACAUAUUUCUCUAACAUAAAUAGGAAAAUAAAAUCCAUAUCUCCAGCAGUUUAUCACUGCUAUAGGUGUAAACAUUUCCUUAAUGUCACAGAAUUUCAGAUGUUCACAUUUAUAUGUGCUGUAUUUAGCAGUUUGGGGAGGGGGCAAUUGUUCAUCACACUCCACAGGUCACAGAGGACUUCAGAGGACAUGCUCUAGAAGAAGAAAAUUGUAUUUUAGAUAUGUUCUCCCUUUCUCAAUGAAAAAUACAGUAUAAAUUAAACUAUAUAGAACAUUAAACACGUAGGGGGCGAUUCAGUUGUUAUUUGGGUGCCUGCCACUGGAAGGAACCCACCGGCAGCAAUUCAGUUGUGCUGACGUUUGGGCGUGAGUUCAUUGUGUGCUGACAUUUAUGCUCAGUGCUUGCUAAGGUGGCAAGCAGAAAUGAGCGAAAAGUGUCCCGUGUGGAUAGCCAAAAAGCACUUUUCACACUGUGGGGAGGACUUAAGUCAUGUUUAAACGCUUUGUGCAGCUAAACCCAGUGCUUUUUGGUGCAUCAAAAGUAAUGGGUGCCCCAUCGGAGCAACAAUUGAAUUGCUCCGAUGGGCACCAAUUAAUGGAUCAUAAUCAGGCCCAUAGUGAUACCAUGGACCUUUUGGAGUGUGAGUCUUGAAGGAACUUUUGGGUGAUUAUGUUCCUUGUGAAGUUAUGCCAAAGGUUGUAGGAAUGACCUUUCUGUAUGGACAAGUGUUCUCAAAUAAUGAGUACCGCCCACUUGCAUGACAUCAUUCAUAUUGGGAUGUGUUCAGUAUCAGAUUACCUAGCGAGGAUCACCUAAUCCAUAUACCUGCCCUGCAUUUGACUAGUUGGAUGGCUUUUGCAUAUGGCCUCACAUCUGAUGUGUUGGGUAUAAAUCAAACCAAAGACAAGGACUGAUUUCUAGCGAUAACGAUGACAGACAAUUACAUCUUUUGGGGUCUGUCAUCAAGCCAAUAAAUGACAGGUUAUUCAUGAAUCAAAAACAUUUUCGUUUGGCAGCCAGAUACAGGGUUGUCUCAAGCUGUACUUCCAUUUUAUUUUUUAAAUUAAAGCUUUAGCAAAAUCAUAAAUCACGACAGCCACGGAAGAGUCAGAAUCAGAGGCCAUCUUUGCUUCAUUGUUUUCUAAUGCCUCAUGUAUACAUUGUAAUUGAAGCCAAUAGCACAUCUAGGCCGGUCUCAAAGGCUGUAAUCUGCCAAACCCUUGCUACCCCCACCCCUCCAAAAGAAAGAGACCGAUGACUAGAUUAUUACAAAAGCAAUUGUUGAAAUAAGUGCUGAAGUGGCAUUGAUAAGAAACAGCAAAACCUUCAAAACUGGGUUAAUAUGAGUCUUGCUUUGUUUUUGUUUUUGCAAUGAUCAGACUGUCCCAUAAGAUAAUGUUGUCUAAAGUAUUCACAUGGGGUAUUUUUUGCUAUACCUGUGAAUUAUUUGGUGACAUUAUUUUGGGAGGGUAAAUGUCAUCUAUGGUAAUACAACCAUAGCGUUUAUGCUAUGUAUAUUAGCAUAGAAUAUACAGUAUGUACCACAAAUCCAAUACAUAAAAGAAAUAUCUAACUAUCAUACAGAGAUUUGCUUAAAGCGGUUCUAAUGCAUUACGCUGCAGAUCACAUACUGUAGAUUUCCCAGAAAUAGGCUACUCUUACAGCCAGACCUAUUAAUCCCUUGGAAGCUGAGAUUUUGCCCCCUUACAUUAGUAUUCUCUAAUAUGCCGGUCCGCCAUAGUAAAUGUUGGGCACUGGUACAAAAGAGGAGUGGCCAUGGUGUGCGAAUAAAAAAUGUGUUUAAUUUUAUCAAUCAUCACUCUAUGUUUUCAGUAAAGUUAGUAUGUGCUUUUUUAAAUAUAUAUAUAUAUAUAUAUAUAUAUAUAUAUAUAAAACACACAGUACCAGUUAAAAGUUUGGACACACCAUCUCAUUCAAUGUUU